CGUUUCGUGCGGUCGGCUUUAAGGUUAUCCCAGCCAUAAUUGAGAAACAGAUAUAGCUAUGCAGCUAAAAAAAUAGAUCAAUAGUUACCAUCAGGCUUCUCUCUGUUUAUACCGCGUAUAACGUAGAUUUUAUUACAAAAUCAUCUGAUUUAUAUACUUUCUCUAAUGUAAAUACGAUACUUUUUCCAACUAAUAUAUAAACAUCAUGUUUUAUCAUAUUUCGUUGGAGCACGAGAUUUUGUUGCAUCCGCGCUAUUUUGGUCCUCAAUUGCUAGACACAGUAAAACAGAAACUCUACACUGAAGUAGAAGGAACCUGCACAGGAAAGUGAUAUGGCUUUGUUGUUGCUGUCACAACAAUUGAUAAUAUAGGAGCUGGUAUUAUACAACCAGGACAAGGCUUUGUAAUUUAUCCAGUAAAAUAUAAAGCUAUUGUAUUCCGACCAUUUAAGGGAGAAGUAUUGGAUGCAAUUGUUACCCAAGUAAAUAAGGUUGGAAUGUUUGCUGAAAUAGGACCACUUUCAUGUUUUAUAUCUCAUCAUGUAAGUAGUAUUAUAUUAAAUUUUUUUCAUUGUAAGAAAAAAAUGAUUUAAAUUGUUCUUUA